AUGAAAAAAAAUAUGUGUGGGUUUAUUACUUAUAGUUUGGUAGUCUAAUACAUGUAAAGUAGGACAUGUGUUUUCACCCGUGCCAUUUUAAGAGUUUCCUCCCUUUCACUUUUCACCGCAAUCUGUAAAUCAAAACAGAAGGUGACAUGUCAUACCUAAAUGAAAUGAAAGCGAGAACGUGCUGAAUGAUUGAGUUUCUGCAGGUAAUUUGAUGUUAUAUAAAAGCAGCUUAAAGGAUUUGAUCAAGGAACCAUUAUGAUCAGUAGAACUAUCGAGAAAAGAUUAAACAAACAUAUAACAACAAUUUUGAUUGGUGGAAUUUUCCUAACGUUUAGUGUGGUACUGAUUUUGUCUAUGUGUAAUAUUCAAGGGUGCCAUGAUCAGACUUAUGCCAUUAAUAACAAACAUGCACGGCAUAGCAAUAGCAAAGACUCUUGGCAGAAAUCCUUUCUGGAGCCAGUUAAAGAAUUUUCGGCAAAGUUAGUGGUCAUUAUAAUAUCUGGUCCUAAUAAUACACGUCAACGAGAUGUUAUUAGAGAAACAUGGUUGAAUGACUCUUCAAUUAAAAGUCAUGUCAUUUGGCGGUUCGUUAUUGGGGCUGCAAACAUGCCAAAAGAAUUAAGAAAAAAAUUGGAUAGAGAAAGUUUCAUACGGCAUGACUUGUUGUUAAUUGAAGACCUUGAAGAAUCCUACCAAUCACUUGCAAAUAAAGUAUUACAGAGUUUUUCAUGGGUUGACCACCAUGUUAAUUUUGAAUUUGUGUUAAAAGUUGAUGAUGAUUCUUUUGUUAGACUUGAUCAAAUAUUAAAUGAACUGAAAUCAAAACCCAAAGAGAAUUUAUAUUGGGGAUUUUUUGAUGGCCGUGCCCAUGUCAAGAAGAGGGGGAAAUGGUCAGAGCCAGAUUGGAUUUUGUGUGAUCGUUAUUUACCAUAUGCUUUAGGUGGAGGGUAUGUGAUAUCUAGUGACCUUAUUCAUUUUAUUGUAAGCAAUGGACCUAUUUUUAAAAAAUUUAACAGUGAGGAUGUAUCUGUAGGGGCUUGGUUGGGUCCCUUAGACAUUCAGCGUAUUCACGACCCCCGAUUCGAUACAGAAUAUGUCUCUAGGGGAUGUCGAAAUGUGUAUAUAAUUACUCAUAAGAAAAGUAUUAAUGACAUGAGAGAACUGCACAAGAAUUUAAAAACAACAGGCAAGUUGUGCAGCAAAGAAAGACUUAUUCGAAAAUCAUAUGUCUAUAAUUGGAAUGUUUUACCAACUGAAUGUUGCAUAAGAAAUAAUACUCAAAUACCUUAACUUAAGUUUCUUUUUGUUUUAUUAUUCAUUUCAAAUUAAUUUCCUUUUUGUUUUUUUAUCUUGACAAUUAUUAUUUCAUUUUGUUAACAUAUCAUGUGUUUAAUUAAUGUUUGAUCACUUAAAAAAAUUAGGUUAAAAUGUUAUUAAUGAUCAAAAUCUGGUGAUGAAUUCCUUUGCAUAUUUGUUGACAAUAAAUGAGAUUUUAAACUGGAAAAUGGCCCAUGGAUAAAAAUUUGAUUAUUUCGUCACAUAAUUAAAAUU